CGCCGACUUGCUCCGCUACUUUGUAAACUCGCAAAGCAGCUUUUCUAUAAGCAUAACUCCAGCCUUUCUUUAAUAAAUUACUUUCUUAUUGAAGGUCAAAAAAGGUCGAAUCAUGUCCUCCACACUUAACGUUGCUCGCUAUACCGCUCUCCUUUCAGGUGUUUUCUACGGCAUCUACCACCGUCGGUCACUCCAAAAAGCCCAUGACCAAGACAAGGAACACCACGCAAUACAUCAACGUACUCAGUUGAUAGCACAGGCAAAGGAUGCAUGGAAACACAAGCAGGAGAGUGCAAAGGGUUCGGACGGUGUCAUCACAAACCCAGAAGACCCACGGUUCGACCUGGAGAAGCUCGUUGCCAAAUGGGAGAAAGAUCUAUAGUGUGGCCUUUAGUUCUGCUUUCGACUGUCAACUAUAGAUUAUAGAUCGCCACUGCCGUCUGCAAUCUCACUUUUGGUGCAGAGGUAACUUAAGCAUAUGAGCAAUAUCAUCCGAGCUGCCCCAGUUUGUUCCUGAAACGCGUUUUAUCUGAGGCUUUAUAUCAAUGAAUUUGAAUGACUGCAUGGUAUGCGUAU